AUGGCCGUGGGGACGUGCGGAGAACCGGCCGAGAGACACGAGCGGCACCGUGUCGACGCUCGAUCCUGUGGGCAAGUCUUCUCGUCGCCGGUCGCGCCGCAUGCCACAGCAGGCACAGUCGCAUCAUUCCGAACGCGAGAAAGUCCGUCGCCUGACAGACAAACCCGGCAUGGCCGGCGAUUGAUGGCGGCCCCUCCCCUGGCAGCCGGUCGGCUCCGUCUCCGGCCCCGGGCAGGCAGGGCGAUGAUGCCACUGGAGAGGCGCCGUUCGCGGACACUGCAUGAGUGUUGGGAGCAGAAGCACUGCACCGUCCAGGUAAUACCCACAGGGUUUCUGUCUCUGAGCCCGAGCAGUCAGUCAGCUUGUGUCUGCUUUCCAUGUUUGGACUACGCUGCGCCGUUAGAGGAUGUAACCGAAGCCCUAAACGGUGACCGAUCACCCCUCGCAUGUCCCGUCACCAACCGUCUCCGUCAUUAG